UGGUUUGGUGCUGUCUCUCAAUUAUCAACUGAGUGAGUGGGGCAUGGGGCCCACUCAAUCCCUUGGAGUGAAACUGGGUGAUAAGACAAUAUUAUAUUAUUAUGAGACUAGAUAAGUAUGUCAUGAUGCAUUUUGUUUUCUUAGCUUAAAGGCUACAAAGGAAUUAAGUGACUCAGUGUUAUUAGCAUACGCAAUUACACUGUUCCAUCAAAAUACACUGAAAACACUCUGUAUGUGAUAUUUCCCCUAAACAGUUAUCCCCUAACAUAUCACAUGAAUAACAAGGAGAUACUUGAUCUGCUCUAGUGAGUACCCUUUGCAAAAUAAAAGUUAGAUUCUACUUUUAAUUCCACUAUUCAAUUAAAUAAAAAUACAUAAGGAGUAUUUAGAAGAAUAUCUUUAUUAAUUGUUGGAUGUAGUGGUCCAAAGUCUUGCUUUUCAGUCUCGCAUUUUUGACAUGAAACUACAGGAAACUAACUUUCAUGCAAAAACCAGCGAGACGUUCAUUUACCUGCGCAUUAGUUGUAGUUUUUGGCUCUGCGCUAACUUCACAGUCGCCUGUGACCAGGACAUUUUGGUUUACGUCUUGUCAUUUUGUCGAGUUGACCGGCAGGUAGAAUAUGAUAGAAAACACCGGGUCCGACAGGACAGGCAGCAGGAGAUACACGCAGAGUUUAGACAUGGUGGCGCUCAUUUGUUGUGAUGGGUGUGAAGGAUGCUGCUGCUGCUGUCAAAUGCAACCACCCACCCACCAGUUCCGGGUCAUGUCACGUGAUUUCUCCGCCCCCACAUGCCCCCCACCUCCUCCUCCCCAAGUAAACAAUUCAGCAGCAUUUCAUUAUGUCUGCCAACAGCCCUCAACUCUUAUCUAUGGAAGAGGCAGUUCUAAAGUGCUGAGCUUACUGAGAAAUGUCAGACAGUUUAAAAAAACAACAGCCUUUUAUUUCAUGAGGCAUUUCAUAAAGAACCUAAUUCAUUUUGGAGAAUGCAGAUUUUAGCAGGGUUAAUAUGCCGGACUAUAGUCGAUAUACUGUAGGUUAUUUUUGAAAUGGUCCUGCAAAAUGCGUCGCGUCGACCUUGCAAGGCAAUCAGCUUUCCUAUUAUUUAAAAAAAAAAACAUUGGAUAUUGUUUGGUAAUUUAUAUUCGUAAUCACUUAUCAUUAACCUUGAUUAAAUGGAGGCACUAGAACAUCAAGUUUUCAUCGCCCAUGAAAUGGUUACAUAUGUGUAUUUAUAAAUAGGCUCACGUUUCUCACCCCACAUUGCCUUCACAUGAAGCCGAUAUUUAUGAAAGGGAGUGAAAACUGCUGUUUGUUUUUGGUGCGGCAAUAAAGUCGUGACGAGAUCUAAGAAAAUGUGUUAACAUAUUGUUCCUGGAGGAAAUGUAGUAGAGGAUAAAUGUCAAAAUAAUGUUUUUUUUCUACCCCAAAAUGUACGCCUGUGUGGCUGUCUGUCUGACCCCCCCUCCCCCUCCGCGGAUGGUACAGUCUUGGUUCAUUCAUAAAAUUCUAGCAGAGCAUAAAAGGAGGGGCUUGCAUUCUAGUCGUCCAGUUACCAGGUAUAAUACCUGGAGAAAAGACCCGACCCGCUCUGACCAGCGGAAGGCCAGAGUCAUAUUUGUCAUUGAUCAGGGCUUGUGAGUGUGUGUUUUUGUGUGUGUGUAUGUGUGUGUGUGUGUGGUUUUUUUUGUUGUUUUUUUUAACCCCCCCCCCCCCCCGUGAUGUAUCAUAACAACCUGACGCCUGACAUGGAUUCAGUCUCUCCCACCUGCCGGACAGAGUCUCCUGUCGGGACACUCUGCCAGAAGACGCCAGAAGAGGCGAGCUCUCCAUCCUCCUCCUCCUCAGAGAGCAAUGCAAAGGAGGUCUGCCAAGAUAUGAGCGUUCAAGACACUCCAUUUGUUCCAACAGUCACUGCAAUUUCCUCUACCCCAGAUUUCCAGUGGAUGGUCCAGCCUACGAUUAUUACAUCUGUCUCCCCGUCUCUGGGUAGCAAGCAAGCCAAUGAACCGCAAAGCUCUCACCAGGCAACACCCAAAGCAGGCGGGAAUAAGGGAAAAAAUGCUGCCAGAAAGGGGAAAGCAGAGCAGCUGUCUCCAGAGGAGGAAGAGAAAAAGAGGAUAAGGAGGGAGAGGAAUAAAAUGGCCGCAGCAAAGUGUCGCAACAGACGGAGGGAACUCACAGACACACUGCAAGCUGAGACAGACAAGCUGGAGGAGGAAAAAGCAGCCCUGGAGACAGAAAUAGCCAACCUCCUCAAAGAGAAAGAGCGGCUUGAAUUUAUCCUCGCUACACAUAAACCGGUGUGCCAAAUGUCAGAAGAGCUGGAGGCUAUUUUCCAGGAGCCCACGGGGUCCCCAGAGCUGCCGCCCAGUCCAGACGAGGACAGGCUUCCAGAGGAUGGCACCCAGGAAGCUCCAUCGCUCCAGGACAUGGACAUCCCCAGCGAUCCGUCCACAGCCAUCUCCGGGAACUCCAAUAUCUUGCUGUGCGCCAGUGCUGAAAUCAACAUCUGCGAUCUGGAGCCCUCUCUGGACAUUAAGGAGGGGCUGCUGGACAGCAUGUUACCCAGUUUGGAGGAGAAAACCCCCAUGGAGACGGCUCGGUCCGUGCCAGACAUAGAUCUGAGCAGUUCUCUCGGGGUCUCGGACUGGGAGACCCUGUACAAGUCUGUUUCAAGCGACCUGGAGCCUCUCAGCACUCCUGUGGUGACCUCCACCCCCACCUGCAGCAGCUACCUGUCUGUGUUCACAUUUGCGUGCCCCGAGCUGGACUCUCUCACAGAGGGACUGGACAGCCAUAAAGGUGGAGGGAGCAAAGCCGAAUCUGUUGAUAUCCUCAACUCUCCAACUCUCCUAGCCUUAUAAUGUACAGAGGAGGAGGUUACCUGUCUGAUCUCUCUGGUUUUUCUCUUUGCAGGUUCCUGACUUUGAAAACGAUAUGAACAACAUAUGCCACAGUAUGCUGUAACACUUCGAGGAAUUACAUUCAUGAAAUGUCUUGUGUGUGACAAGCAAACUAUAAAUUUUGUCCAGAUACAUAGCCAACAGAGUGAUGUAGCUAAAAGCAUGGCUUUUACUUUAACAGGAGGGACUGAAGUAAGUUUUGAUUUUAAAAACGCAUGCUGAGAAAUUCCAAAUAAUUUUCAAAGCUCAUAUAUAUAUCUGAUCUGUUCCUAGAUCCAAGAUGUAAUGUGGAAUUUAAUGUUACAGUAUGGUUUCGUGUUUUGGUGUCAAUAGUGUAUUGAUUGCUGUAAAUGUUGUAUUUACAUAUUCAUCCAUGUUAAGUACCUGCAUACCUCAAUGUCAUCAACUGUGGUUUGACCUCAUUGUUAAAAUGUUGAAAGUUUUCCAUGAAAACAUCCAGUGCUAUAUACUAUAUAUAUAUAUAUAUAUAUAAAUAUAUAUAUCUUAUCAAGAUGUAACUUAUGAUUUAUUUUUUUACCUUUCAGAUUUUGACUUAUUUGUUAAAUUUCAAAAUAAGUAAAAUGAGCAUUGAUUGCUUAUCUAUGCUGCUGAAUAAUUACAAUAAAUCUACAUUCAGAGUGGUGUUUGGUGCUGGUGUUUG